GUCUUCAGCCUCGACGCUGUCAGUAUCGUCAAUGCAAUUGCCGUCGCUGUACUGCGCAACUCGUCAACUUUUCGGUAUACGCAGGCUUCAGCACCCGUCCCGUAUCCCAAGAUGCCAAUGCAGCGUCCCCUUAGCCGGAAUUUCCCCGCGCAAUCGCCCCUCCUGAUCGUCUGAUAUCUGUGAUACACCUGCGCGACUUCACCUCAACACCAUCUGCAGUCGCAGGUUCCGCCCUCCAACCCAACACUCACUGCGGCUAAUCUAGCACUUACCUCGCUCUACAGCAUCCCGACAUCGCUCUCAGACCGAAAAGCUACAAAAUGCGCGUCGCAACCGCCUUCCAUUCCCUUAUCGCCCUCACCUCCGCCUCCCACCUCCCGCCACCACAGCACCUCUUCUCGAACCCGCCCGCCGCCGCCGCCGACGAGCACGCCACCUACCGCAUCCCAACCGUCCACGAGUCCGCCAUCCAAGCGCGCCGCAUCCUACACCUCGAAACCAUCGGCACGCUUAGCACCCUGUUCCCGUCGUCGACGGCGCAGGAACAGCGUCCCGCCGACGUAGGCGGCAAGCCGAUCGGGCUGAUGGACUACUUCGGCGACUGCGAGCCACGCACGGGCAACCCGACGCUCCUAGCGAUCACCAUUGCAACGUCGUUCAAGAACGUGGCGGCGGGGUCCAACAUCACGCUCUCGAUGCGCUGGCACGCGCCGUAUCGGCGGCCGUACAGCGCGGCGGCGACGCCGCGCUUCUCGCUCGUCGGGCACCUCGAGGAGCUCACGCCGGAGGAGGUGACGCGGCAAGGCGUCGCAGCUUGCUUUGUCGCGAAGCAUCCGGAUGCCGUGUCGUGGCUACCCGGGAAUCGCAUCCAUGAGAGCAGGUGGGUGCGCCUGGUCGUCGAGGAGGUGUAUUGGAUUGGUGGCUUUGGAGAUCGUGCGUAUAUUGGCUGGAUUCCGCUGGAGGAGUGGCAGGGCGUGACGAGGGAGGAGAUUGAGAAGUGCAGGCUGCCGGGGGAGAGAGAGCAUAAGUGGGGUGGGUGGAAAGCGUGGCUGGGGCUUGGAGAGCAGGAGCAGGAUGAGGAGCUGGAGUUGUGAGACUGUUGUGGGAUGUCUCAGGCACCGACACUCUUCACGCCAGCAAGCAACGGUCGCACAGAAUGAGGUGCCCUCGUGGAAGAGGCACGCGAGCGUCGCCCGAUGACCUCCGCCUACCUACGUUCGAGAUUCCUCUUUCCCUGGGGUAGGCGAGUUACUGGACAUACAACCUGCAUAUGCCGUGUUUUCAUAUCGCAUAUGCGGGCGUUAUCUUCUCCUGACCAUUCUAGUAUCCAUGGAAGUCUGCAUUUCUCGAAUAGGAAGAUAUGAGAUGCACUUUACUACCCGCUGCAACAUCUCGAUAGCACAAACAUGCAUGCAAAC